CAUGACUUUGAAGCUGCUGCACAGCUCUGAGACGGGAUGGCGUUGAAGCACAGAUCUGGGUGAUUUUGUUUCCCGUGGAGUUCCAAGAAAAACUUCAGCAGAAGAAGAAGAGGGGCUGUGCAGCAGUACAGGGCCAUGACCUCUUGGUUCAGCUGGAAUGAGCCGUACAGCCGGACCCCCCGACGGGACCCGGGGGAGGUGGUCAGCGACACCCUGAUGCUGGAGUUCAACUGGCAACUGAAGGAGGCAGAGAGGCAGCAGAGAGAGAGGGACAACGAGUACCGGCGGCUGCAGACCGGAGUUGAUUACAGCUGGCUGGCCAACACACCCCGGUCCUCCUUCAACAUCAGCACCGGGGAGAACUUCGGUCUUGAGGAGCUCUGCUCCAGGGUCCCACCGCCCUACUGUGGCCUGGUCAUACUCAAGUUCAGGGAGGCUACGCAGGCCAAUGAGCCCGACGUACAGGAGGUGUCCGGCCUGUUUCGCACCGUCCUCCUGGAGAUCCUGGAUGAGCUGAAGGAGGAGCAGGAGGCACAGCGGCUCGCCAACCAGUGGAACAACAAACGCGCCGUGAGCAUGUCCCUCAUGAACUUCAGGUCCCGCAUCAAGAUCAACCCGUUCGGCAGCACCAUGGGUCUGACCUCCUCUGUGACCGACGGGACGGGGCUGAGCGACCUGAAGACGGUGUCGGAGGAUGUGGAGAGAGGGACGGAGAGAUCCCAGAGGACGUGGAGCAUGCCUGACUUCAGACACAAAGGAACCAGCAGUAGCAAGAUUGUCUGAGGCGUUCCCGGGACAGUGGUGCUUGGACGUUUCAGUUGGACAGAUGCUGAUGUUCACUUGGCACCAAGCGAGGCAGGAUAAUUCCCACAACUCUCUCUGUCUUUGCAGUAUGAGACCAAUCAGCAUUUCAUCAAUUUACACUCACACAUUAAAGGACCGGUGGUGCUCUCAGAUUCUCUGUACUCAACUUCACUUCUUAUCGAAAGCUUUUUAACUAAUAAAAUGAUCAGCUCUUACAGUGAUACGUUUUAUAUUUAGUAUAAAUUCAGAGCUUUCUUUCAUGCCUGAUAGGAAUCUUUAUUCAACUGAAAUGUUCUCUCGACUCAUAAAUGUUUCAGGAGCUUAUUAAAUAUGUUCUUGAUUCAUCACACAACUCUAACUGGGUGCAGAGGUGAAUGGUCGGUUCUGUCAGAAUGUUUGUUGCUUGAGAUUUCUGUAUGAAUUGUCUGUACAUAACAAAAUAACCGCUAUAACUGUCUAUGCUCAACAUGAAUGUCAUUCAUGUCAUGCUCUCUACAGACUGCUCAGUUUUUUUCCAAGCAGCACUCCAAGACUCAGCACAAUAAUUCAUCAUUCAAGGUCGUGAAAGUUUGUCUUCUGUUCUUCACCUGCAACAGGGCUUAAAAUAAAGACUCAAAUAAAUAAAUCACUAAGUGUUCCUAAAAAGUUAAAUCUUUCCAGCGGUCCUUUGCUGUUUCUUUUCCGUUUGUCACACUCCAACAAUUCAACAUUACACCAGGUUUACUCCAUCAUCUAAUCAAAGCUUCUGUAUUGAUACAGGAGGGAUUGUAGUAUUUUUAUAUUUCAAUUUAAUAAAUGUCUGAUGUUGAAAAAUAUUCAUUACAGAAUAUGGGGGUAAUGAGGAAGAC